CCGGACAACUCCUUCCGCAAGUUCUCCUACCUGCCCUUCCUCCCCAGCCAGGGCGACUUCUACGACUGCCGGGUGGAGCACGGGGGGCUGCCCGAGCCCUUCACGAAGCACUGGGAAGCCCAGGUGCCCACCCCCAUCCCCGAGACCACAGAGACCCUGGUGUGCGCCCUGGGCCUGGCCAUGGGCAUCAUCGGCAUCAUCGCGGGCACCAUCCUCAUCAUCAAGGGGAUGAAGAUGAAUGCUGCCCGCAACCCGCGGGGCCCCUUGUAAACGCGGGGAGGAGCUGGGGCUCCUGAAUCCCCCAGGUGCCUUUGUGGGACCCACUCGCACACCCCCUCUGCGCUGCCCCGAGCGUCCCUGCUCCGUGCCCAUUGGUGCCAGCUGCUGUACUCAGACCACUGGCCCCGUAAUUGUGCUGAGUCAACCUGCUAGAGACUCAUCAGGGAGCCGGCCCCUUGGGCUCCCCACUUCUCCACACUCCUGUGCUGGGCUUAGGGGGGCACCUAUCCAGGGAGAGGGCUGCUGCCCCGUGGGGCUGGGAAUGGGGGUCACCCCUUGUUAGGGGGCAGCAGGG